AUGAAUAAAGUGGUUGAGGGCGAUCCGUUCUUCCAGCAGCGUAGGAAUGCAGCUGGUAGGCUUGGCUUAUCACCUCUGCAGAAAUGCACCGCUGCAAUAAGAAUGUUAGCGUACGGUGUUGCUCCGGAUGCCGUAGAUGAAUACAUACGCAUGGGUCAAACAACAUCUAGAAAAUCAAUGCAACAUUUUACUCAAGGGGUGAUCAAGCAUUUUGAGGCCGAGUACUUAAGAAGUCCAACAGAUGAAGAUUUAAGGAGAAUCCUUCACCAAAAUGAAAUGCGUGGAUUCCCGGGCAUGAUCGGUAGCAUCGACUGCAUGCACUGGGAGUGGAAGAACUGUCCUAUGGCUUGGAAAGCACAAUACGCAGGUCGUAGCAAGAAUGUAACCCUUAUCCUUGAAGCUGUUGCGGAUCAAGAUUUAUGGAUUUGGCAUGCAUUUUUUGGAAUACCCGGCUCUUGUAAUGAUCUUAACGUCCUAUACCGCUCUCCGGUGUUUGACGAUGUUUUGAAAGGUCGGGCACCACCAAUUAGUUUUAUGGUAAACAGCCAUGAGUACAACAUGGGAUACUACUUAACAGAUGGUAUAUAUCCGAACUGGGCAACAUUUAUAGAAGGUAUCACAUAUCCUCAACUCCAGAAGGACAAGUUAUUUGCAGAUAAACAAGCUGCAGCUCGGAAAGACGUUAAACAUGCGUUUGGAGUUCUACAGGCUAGGUUUGCCAUAUUACGACAACCCUCACUUGCUUUCGACGAAGACAUUUUGAGCGACAUAAUGAAAGCUUGUAUCAUUAUGCACAACAUGAUUGUCGAGGAUGAACGACACAAUUACACUCGUGCCGAAGUUUUGAGAAGGUAUUAUGAAGAAGAUCGCCCUCAGCUUCAUAGAGCAAGGUUCGGUCUGAGUACAAGUGCCACAGUGAAUAACAACGAGCCUUUCGAAUUUGACGUUGGCCGACCACCAAACGUUGAUUUUGACGUUUAUAUUCAAAGAAGAAUUACCCUGCGUGAUAGCCAAACCCAUUUUUCUUUGAAAGAUGAUUUAGUUGAGCAUAUUUGGCAAAAAUACGGUCGUAAUGAAUAA